CUGUUAUUUUCAGUUAUGACAAUACAUUAUUUAAGUGCAUCUUUAUAUUUUAAUUCUGAUUUACAGGUAGUUCCAAGUGAUCCAUCAGCCUUAAAAAUCAAGCCAGCUGCAUUAAACUCAAUGUAUCCUUCCACUACCUCUUUUCUGGUCGAGCUACUCGAUUUUAAUGUCUUAUGGAAAAUUGAUGCAUUAUCUUUGCAUGUUGAUAUUAGCUGCCCAUCCACCAAACAACAAGUAAAAGUCCCUAUUAGGAUUAAAAGACUUGAAGUACCGUUAGAUGGCAGUGGCUACUGCCUGCCAUCUCCAGUUCCCCCUGUGUCCGAAAUUUGGUAUGAUUGGUAUUUCAUUCUGAAGAUAACCACAGCUGUUGUAUUUAUCUUUCUAAUUUCUUAUGGUAAGCUAUUUUGUUUAUAGGGAUGAUAAAUGCCUGCAAUGGUUUUCUGAC